UCACUAAAUUGGGUCGUUUGGUUCGUGAUGGCAAAAUCAACUCUUUGGAAGAAAUCUACUUGUACUCUUUGCCCAUUAAAGAGUUCGAAGUCAUUGAUUUCUUCUUGGGCUCCGCUUUGCGCGAUGAAGUCUUGAAGAUCAUGCCUGUGCAGAAACAAACCCGUGCCGGUCAACGUACCCGUUUCAAGGCUUUCGUUGCCAUCGGUGACAACAACGGUCACAUUGGUUUGGGUGUUAAGUGCAGCAAGGAAGUUGCCACCGCUAUCCGUGGUGCCAUCAUCUUGGCUAAAUUGUCUGUCGUACCUGUACGUCGUGGCUACUGGGGUAACAAGAUCGGUAAACCCCAUACCGUACCCUGCAAGGUCACUGGCAAGUGUGGUUCCGUAUCAGUACGUUUGAUCCCCGCUCCCCGUGGUACCGGUAUUGUAUCUGCCCCCGUCCCCAAGAAAUUGUUGACUAUGGCUGGUAUCCAAGAUUGUUAUACCUCUGCCCGUGGCUCCACCGGUACCUUGGGUAACUUCGCCAAGGCUACUUAUGCUGCCAUCGCUAAGACCUACGCUUACUUGACUCCCGAUUUGUGGAAGGAAAUGCCUUUGGGUUCUUCCCCUUACCAACAAUUCGCUGAUUUCUUGGCUGAGAAACCUGGCUCUCGUCACAUCGAUGCUUAAGAAAUUUAAUUGGAAGUUAUCAGUAAAGAAUCGAGAACUUUUCAAAAUAAAAUGACAACUCUUUUUUAAAAGAGAAGUAAAAAAUAUAAAAUAA